AACGUUUUCCACGUCGAGGUGGCAAUUGGGGAUGUGAAUGACAAUUCUCCGACCUUCAGCAAAGCUGCUCUGGACCUCGAGAUCGGUGAAUGGACGCUUCCCGGUGCUCGUUUUCUUCUGGAGAUGGCCAAAGACGCUGAUGUAGGAACAAACUCGUUGCUGACUUACGAACUCACCAGCAACCCUUCUUUCUCACUGUCCAUGAAGGAAAAGGCGGGUGGAAAAAAGCAGCCGGAAUUAGUGCUGGAGAGGGCGUUGGACCGAGAGAAGCAGAGCUCCUUUGAUUUGGUGCUGACUGCAGUGGAUGGUGGGGACCCCGCGAGAUCCGGAUCUGUCCAGAUUCGGGUCAACGUCACAGACGCAAACGACAACCCACCCGUGUUCACCAAAAGCGUCUAUGAAGCGAGAGUGGCAGAGAAUCUGCUGGCGGGGUCGCUGGUGCUGCGGGUGGUGGCCACGGAUGCAGAUGCGGGUUCCAAUGGGCGGGUCUCCUAUUCCUUCAGCAGCGUCCCGGAUACUGUCAAGGCGUUGUUCGCUAUCGACAGCGACAGCGGCGAGAUAAUGACAUCCGGUCCUCUCGAUUUCGAGGAGAAGAGUAAAUACAACUUCGGCCUGGAGGCGACGGACGGCGGCGGGCUCACUGAUCAUUGCGAAGUGCAGAUCGAUAUCAUGGACGAGAAUGACAACGCGCCCGAGAUCACGAUUCUGUCUCUCUCGAGCCCAGUGCCCGAAGACUCGCCGGCUGGCACGGUGGUGGCUCUGCUAAACGUGUACGACCCAGACUCGGGCGAGAACGGUCAGGUGUCGUGCGAGCUGUCGGGAGAGGCGCCGCUGUCGAUCGUGGCGUCGUCGGGCGGCUCGUACAAGGUGGUGACGGCGAGCGCGCUGGACCGCGAGCAGGCGUCCGAGCACCGCGUGACGGUGGUGGCCCGGGACCGGGGCAGGCCGGCGCUGUGGAGCAGCACGGAGCUGGUGCUGGAGGUGUCGGACGUGAACGACAACGCGCCGGUGUUCGAGGAGGCGGCGUACAGCGCGUACGUGGCGGAGAACAACGCGGCGGGCGCGCUGGUGCUGCGCGUGCAGGCGCGGGACGCGGACGCGGGCGCCAACGGGCGCGUGAGCUACUGGCUGGCGGGCGGCAGCGCGGGCGCGGCGGGCGCGGCGCCGCUCGUGUCGGUGGAGGCGCGGAGCGGCGCGCUGUACGCGCAGCGCUCCCUGGACUACGAGCAGCUGCGCGAGUUCACGGUGGCCGUGCGGGCGCAGGACGGCGGCUCGCCGGCGCGCAGCUCCACGGCCACGGUGCGCGUCUUCGUGCUGGACCGCAACGACAACGCGCCCCGGGUGCUGUGGCCGGCAGCGGCGGGAGGCGGAGCCGCGGCGGCGGCGGGAGAGGCUCCGGGAGCGGCGGCGACUCCUUUCGAGGUGGUUCCGCGUUCGGCCGAGGCCGGGUACCUGGUGGCCAAGGUGGUGGCGGUGGACGCGGACGCGGGGCGCAACGCGUGGCUGUCCUACGAGCUGGUGCCGGCGUCGGAGCCGGCGCUGUUCCGCGUGGGGCUGCACAGCGGCGAGGUGCGCACGGCGCGCGCCGUGUCCGAGCGGGACGCGGCCAAGCAGCGCGUGGUGGCCGUGGUGAAGGACCACGGGCAGCCGGCGCUCUCGGCCACGGCCACGCUGCACGUGGUGCUGGCCGAGAGCUUGCAGGAGGCGCUGCCGGAGCUGAGCGAGCGGCCGGCGGGCGCCGAGGCGGCGGCGGCGGCGCUGCAGUUCUACCUGGUGCUGGCGCUGGCGCUGCUGUCGGCGCUCUUGGUGCUGAGCGUGGCGCUGGCCGUGCUGGCGCGGCUGCGCCGGGCCGGGCCGCCCGCCGUGCUGCGCUGCCUGGGCGCGCAGCGCUUCUCGCUGGCCGGCGCCGCCUUCCCGGCCGACUUCUGCGAGGGCACCUUGCCCUACUCCUACAACCUGUGCGUGCCGGCGCCGGCCCGCGCCGUGCCCGAGGCCGCUUGGCCGCCGCCGCCGCCGCCGGUGCCCAUCCUGUCGGCGGAGGAGCUGCUGGGCGGCGAUUCCUGCGAGAAGCCGAGCCUUAGCAGUAGCGCCGUAGGGGAGGAGGUGCUCGCCAAACCCGACCUACCGCAGGUCUGUAAAUCUUCGCGCUUGCACAUUUCGGAUUGA